CCACGAUGGCGGGAAGAGGGCAAUCCCACUGCUGACAGAUUGUGGGGAGCAGACUGCAGGCAGUCACAGCAAAGGGACGGCGAGUGGCUGCCAGGGACGUGAGCCGAGUUCCUGCUUUAACGCUCACAAACAACAAAGACUUUAGAACAGCUAUGGAUGCCCAUUCCGCUCUGCUGGUAUGUUGUCUUUUGGCCUUUUCUUCUGCUACGACGACAAGGACGGCACCAGAGAGAGGGACCUCGGAAUCGACAGUUGUUGGCGUGACUGGAAAGCCUGAAAUGAGCCCCAGUACCCUCGCUCUGAAACACACCUCUUAUGCAAUACCUUCAACUACUGACACCACUGAUUUUAGGGCAGCGUCCAUAACCAUUUCCUUGAAGUCAACUGACAGCACCACUCCGUUUUCCAGCACUGCCCCUGGACUGACAAAGCAAACUGGGACCAAAGCAAUAUCACCCGCAAGAACGGAUCACCCCUCGACAACGACCACCCGAACCACUGCAGCAGAUAGUACAGCUCUGGCAACCACAACACCCACUGCUGAAACACCAAAGGUGUCUGUGCCUGCAACUCAGGUGACCCAGACGACUGUAAAUCACAGUUUGACUGAUACGACAUUCAGGCCGACGACUCAAAGUGCCGCUACCUCCGCCCAAACCACCGCGGAGGCACUGCCCAGUGCCACACAAGGUGUGAAACUUGCCAAUUCGGAGAAGAAUAUGACCAUUGUGUUUGGGGUCCUGCUUGGCACGUUUGCUGUGGGAUUGUUCAUGUACAUGUUCCACGGAAGGAAACGGAGAAUGCAGUUCUCACAUCAACCCCUUUACAACACUGCAGACACAGAUGGAUUAAUAGCAGACAACGAUACACUUGUCAUCUCUGGAGGACUUUAUGACGGCCAUCCCAUCUUUGACAAUCAACCUCCUACUACAACACAACAAUCUCAAUUCCGCCUUGAGUUCAUCUCUGAGGAAGAGAGGAUCCCUACAUUUUGAUGUUAUAUUUGAUGAGUCAGUGGCAGUUUUCUUCAGCUAUUCAGAGAUUUCUACAGUCGUGAACUCUAAAUUAUACUUAACAAGGUAAUGGAUACGAGGAAAAUAAUUUUGGACGGAUGCAAUAUUCAAACAAGGAUAAUAAAUUUUAUAAUUGACAAAUGUCACGGUCCGCGGUGGUGUAGCGGUCUAAGCAUCGGCUUUGUGUCGAUGCAGUUGCCCACUGGGGACGGGGGUUCGCGCCCCGGUCUCGUCAGAUCCGAUGAAGCAGCAAUAAUUGGCAACGCUGUCUUCGGGAGGGGGGGGCGGAGUCGGCUUGUGUUCGUCACGUGAAUGCGUCUCUGUGUGUGUCGGAAAAAGCAGUGGUUCGGUCUGGAGUCGCCUUGUCACGAAAGUGGGGAGGCGUCUCCUUUGAGACUGCCGGCCGGAGAGAUGCAGUUGGCGAACGCAUGCAGUACGAGGGUGGGCGUUUGAAUUAAAAUAGGGAUCUAUUGGCCACUAAAUUGGGAGAAAUCAGAAAUAAAUUUAUUAAAAGAAUUGACAAAUGUAAUAUGAAAUCUCAACACCAUAGUAUGUCCCCUUUUGGACAAACUGCAAAAAAAAAAAAAAAAAAGCAACACAAACACUCAGAAGCAACUAGGAAAACAACAAAAAAUACAAGGGAAUUUAUACUUGAAAAAUAUAUCUGAACACAUGCAAAAUUGUCCGGUCGUAUUAUCUACACCGACAUCUUCUCAGCACACCUCUUCUUCUUCGAGCGAGUGAUGGCAGUCCAACCAGCUUCUCUGAUCCUUUUCAUUGCCGCCAAUUUUACUGAACUCCCAGGUGACUUAAGAAAGGCAGGACUCUAUUUGAAAAACAAAGACAUGAAUGAUCUUGUUAUUGUAAAAUGAAAUAAAAACCUGUGAGAAAACAA